AUGAAUGAUGUUUCUCUUUUAAUUGAUGAAUUGAAUGAUUAAAUACUAACAGAUUAAUUUGUUUAUAUAAGUUUGUUAGGAGGAGGAGCAUAUGGAAAAGUUGUGAAGGCUUAAAGUAAAGAGUUAAACAAAACUGUUGCAAUUAAAGUAAAUGACUUAAUUUAAAUAGAUAGAUUAUUGAAAGAAAUAAGAAUAAAGAAUAAGAUUAAGAAGCAUCUCUAUUAGAGUAGUGCAACCAUAAAAAUAUUGUGCAUUUUCAUAAGGUUUUAAAUAUUGUAAAGUAUUAGUUACUUUAUACACAUAAUCAUUUGUAUAUAAUAAUGGAGCAUCUACAAGGAAUCACUUUGUAAGAAGAAAUUAAUAAAGAAUUACCUGAGAAGAAAGUUAGAAAUUUAAUAAAGUAAAUUUUAGAAGGAUUGAGCUAUCUACAUAAUCAAGGGAUUAUUCAUAGAGAUUUGAAGCCAUGUAAGAAAAAUUUUGGAUUUAAGCAAACAUAUAUUUGGUUCGAGAAAACAAUUAAUCCAUUGUUAAACUGAUUGACUUUGGACUUAGCUAUUAAAUAAGUUCACACAAAAUAGCCAAUAAGUAAUGCGGUACUUUGUUAUACAUGGCACCAGAAUUGGCAUAAGAUGUACCUUAUAAUUAGACUGUAGAUAUAUUUGCACUUGGAAUCAUAUUUUAUUAGUUAUUUCAUAAUGGAUAACAUCCAUUUUAUGUAUCUGGAAUGAGAAGUUCAGAAUAUUUCAGAAAAUUAGCAAAAUUAGAAUUUAAUGUGUAUUUCAAUAAUAAUAUUCCAUUAAUGGCCAAAGAUUUCAUAUUAAAAACAAUGGCUUUAUUACCUGAUGAUAGAAUGUCUGCUUAUUAAUGUUUAGAUCAUCCAUGGAUUAAAAAUGUUGAAUAAUAAUAAUUUCCAAUCACUACAAAUGAAAUUAUAUCUACAUUUGUUGUGAAAUAGAAAUUCAUCAAAAUUAUCAAAGCUUUAAUGUUCUUCAAUAUAUUGUCAAAAAAGUCAAUCAAAAAGGAAUUAAAAGAAAAUGAUACUAAACGUAGAUCAAAUCUAACAGAAAUUAAUUCAUUAUAUCCAUAUGAAUAAGAAUUUAUUCAUUUAUAAAUACCUAUGUCUUAAAGAGAUAAACCUCCAAUAUCAAAAUCUAAAAUGCUUAAAACUGUUUAAGGUCCAUUUAAUACUCCUUAGAUAUCAAAAAGACAAGUUUCAAGAGAAUCUUUAGCAUAAAGCUUCAUUGGUGCUCCAAAAACUUUUACACCUUAAUCUCAUACUAAAAGGACACUUAAAACUCCUUCUCCUACUUAAUUUAGAUUACCACCAAUCAAAUCACCUAAACAAGCUUAAAGUCCAAGCAUUUAAAAUAUUAUAAAUAAAUCAAGAUUUUUUUAAUCAUGA